AUUUUUUUUCCAAAAAAAAAAAGAAAGAAAGGAAAAGAAAAAAAAACACAAAAUGGAUGAUGAUGAUAGAUUGAAGAAAUUAGUAAUCAUCAUCGUGGUGGCGGCGGCAUGUGUUUCACCGGCAAUUAGUAGUAGUAUCACACUAACUGACGACUCCAUUUCCAAUUCCCACUGGUCAACUGCCAAAGCAAGUAAGCUCAUCAGUGACCUCAAUUUAUUUCCCGAACUUUCCGUCAACAUCAUCCAUGACGACGGCGACCACCGUUCCUCUUCCUCCUCCUCUACUAGCCACCGACGGAUUAUUGAGAAGCCGUUUAAAUUCCCGAAUUUUACGGAUGCUGAUGACGUGUCACUUGAAGAAUUAGGUCAUCAUGCUGGUUAUUAUCCCAUUGAACACUCUCAUAAUGCUCAGAUGUUCUACUUUUUCUUCGAAUCUCGGAACAGCAAACAUGACCCUGUUGUUAUCUGGCUGACCGGAGGACCGGGUUGCAGCAGUGAGCUUGCUCUUUUCUAUGAGAAUGGUCCUUUUAAAAUUGCAGAUGACAUAACUCUUGUCUGGAAUGAAUACGGGUGGGACCAGGUAUCAAACUUGUUGUAUGUUGACCAACCUACUGGGACCGGCUUUAGUUAUAGCACUGAUAUUAGAGAUAUUCGCUAUGAUGAGAAGGGUGUGAGUGAUGACCUAUACGAUUUCUUACAGGCAUUCUUUUCAGAACAUCCUGAACUUGUAGAGAAUGACUUUUAUAUUACUGGAGAAUCAUACGCUGGCCAUUACAUUCCUGCUGUUGCUGCUCGGGUCCACCAAGGAAACAAAAAUAAAGAAGGAAUACACAUUAACCUAAAGGGAUUUGCUAUUGGAAAUGGGCUCACUGAUCCAGCUAUUCAGUACAAGGCUUAUACAGAUUAUGCAUUGGAGAUGGGGCUUAUCAAAAAGUCUCAAUAUAAAUUCAUCAAUUUGAUCGUUCCAACUUGUGAAGCAGCAAUAAAGCUAUGUGGCACUAAUGGGAAAGCCUCUUGUAUAACUGCAAACUUGGUUUGCAACAGCAUUUUUGAAUCAAUCCUUCUUAUUGCAGGCAAUAUCAAUUACUAUGACAUUAGAAAAGAGUGUAUUGGCAGCCUUUGCUAUGACUUCUCAGACAUGGAGACACUCCUGAACCAGAAAUCUGUUAGGCAAGCUCUUGGAGUUGGAGAUAAAAAGUUUGUUUCGUGUAGUACUACGGUGUACCUGGCAAUGCUAAUGGAUUGGAUGAGAAAUCUUGAAGUUGGCAUUCCUGGUCUCCUUGAGGAUGGGAUUAAGUUGCUUGUAUAUGCUGGAGAGUAUGACCUCAUCUGCAACUGGCUCGGUAAUUCGAGGUGGGUUCAUGCUAUGGAAUGGAAUGGAAAGGAGCAGUUCAAUGUGUCUUCUGAAGUUCCUUUUGUAGUAGCUGGAUCUGAUGCAGGCGUACUAAAAAGUUAUGGCCCACUUAGUUUUCUUAAGGUGCAUAAUGCUGGACAUAUGGUUCCUAUGGAUCAACCGAAGGCUGCGCUGAAGAUGCUAAAGAGGUGGAUGGCAGGUUCACUUUCCGAAAGUGAAAGGGAGCCCAAAUCUCUAGUUUCCUCCAUAUAAUGUUUUAUGGCAUUGUGCAAAGUCCAUUUUUUGUAAUUUGUGAACAAUGCAGGAUGUCUUCCCUCGCAACUAAUAGAGUUUAGUCAACCUAGGUGCAACACUAUAAGAGUAGAACAAAUGAAGCAUCUUUUAGCUGCUUUCUUAUCCUUAUAGAUUGCAAAUGUUUUAGUCAAUGAUAGAUCCAUGGGCCAUGUGAUGAUAUCUUUCAAUAAUCCAUGGUAUCAAAGUUCUCUUUACUUUGGACUUUGUUUCAGUUGAUCAUAUAUGAAAUAUGACACAUAAUUUAUGAGUUUCAGUA